CUGUAUCAUCUCUGUCUACAGUACUCGUAUUCAUUCGUACUCCUUUGUGGACCAAUUGAUUGAAUCUCUUGAUUCGAGAUAUUAAGAAACACAAUCUGUUGUUGAUUCCGAAUAUUCACCGUCCGGUUGUCUUUCACUGUACGGGGAAGACUCAUAGGAAGGGAUGACUCUGGAAGGUCGAAUCAAAAUAUCCACCCACUGAAUCUUCGCCAAAAGUAAAGAAACGACCUUGGGCGCGAAUUUCUAGUAGUACGCGCUAGCGUGCGCUACACGACAGCACAACGAGAGAAGGGCAUCACGAUAAACACGGUCUCAGGGAAAAUACACGGUUUGCUAAAUUAAACCUACCUUUCCAAAACCUGAAACAGCUCUGGACCUUAAUUCAAAACUCUACUCAAUACCACUGCCGCUUGCUUGCAUAGAAUUGGUGAAGGUGCAGGAAAACGCGGACUGCUUUUUGCCUCAAUUCGCAUUCUAUGAAGUAACUGUGAACGGUAACCAUAUCACAAACCGCAAACGCACCCAGCAGACACCAAACCUUACUAGUCUAGACUCUAUCCCAUUCCGGUCCUUUUGAAAAAGGAAUUGGCGGCGAACACUUUUCAAUAUCACGAUGAAAAAUACAAUGUGGCAAGAGCAAGAGUCGUGGUCUUCGAUGUCGGCAUCAUCAUUAACAGAGGUUUUCCCCGUUCAACAAAGAUCCCUUGAGUUAGAUAGCGACAUGAUUGUAAUCGACGACGAAUACUUUCAGGAAGAUUCAACAGGUGUCUUGAUUUCUUCCGUCAUCUCCAACAUUCUCCUCUUUUUCCUCAUCUUUGGUCUAUCAGCCACAGUUAACUUGCGAGAUCUCAGACAACAAUUGACAAACAAAUUUGCCAUCUUAUCGGGAAUUACGAUGCAAUUCUUUGUGAUGCCGCUUUUGGGGUUCAUAUCUAUUUGCAUUUUCCAUAAUUUUGGUUUUUCACAAGCGAUGGGCGUGUCGUUGCUAGUGGUGACGUCUAGUCCCGGGGGUUCCUAUUCCAAUUGGUGGUGCAGUUUAUUCAAUGCAGAACUGGCGUUGUCAGUAGCCAUGACCUCCGUAUCUUCGUUGCUAUCGAUUGGCCUGCUGCCAGCCAACCUCUUUCUUUACGGAUUUUUGGCAUAUGGGGUAAUUUUUGUUGAAGAAGGCCAGGAGGAAAAUAUUAAUAUUGUAUCAUCACUAGAUUUUGGGGCCAUUUUCAUCACCCUCGGCGUUGUGAUGGGAGCAAUUCUCGGUGGACUCUUUGUAGGGUACCAAUUCAACAGCAACCAAUUUCACAAAAGAGCUAACUACUUUGGCAGCAUCUGUGGGAUAACUCUAAUUUUAUUUUCUGCCUUCCUGGGGUCUGGGGGAGCGAGUGGUGCCGAGACAAAUUUUUGGAGCUUGCCUUGGUCAUUUUAUGUCGGAACUACCUUCCCUUGUAUUAUUGGAAUGGCUCUGGCAAAUUUAAUUUCACGAAGUUUUAAGUUGUCCCCUCCAGAAGUUGUUGCAAUUUCGAUCGAAUGCUGUUACCAAAACACAGCGAUUGGGACAAGUGUAGCUGUUACUAUGUUCAGCGACCCAAACAAACAAGCUGAGGCUGUUAGUGUUCCUCUUGUGUACGGAAUGGUUGAGGCUGUAAUAAUAGGUCUUUACUGCCUAUGGGCGUGGAAGUCUGGGUGGACUAAAGCCCCGGCGGAUGAAAAGGUUAGUAUUUGUGUUUUCACUAUGUAUUUCAAAACUUGUUAUUUUUCUAUUGCUGGUACAGUAUUUUAUUAUUGACUGUCACUCAUCCACCUUCGGUAUCAACCGAUCUUGACUUUUGUAACCGCUAGCUUUGCGUUGUAAUGAUCAGGACAUACGAGGUGCACGACUUGGACUCCGAAAAUGACGACGAAAUGGUAGAGUUCGAUCCACAAGUUGUAGAAAAUCUAAACUGGUGGCAAAGGUGUUUCAUUCCAAAAUAUCCUGACACUGUUCGUGGUAAUGUAGAAGGUGCUCUCUCGAACGAGACAGAAUCGCAGCAAAAGGGACAAAGAGAUGAAACAAUUGAAGAAAGAAGGUGUCGUUUUCAUAGUGAAGAUGUCACUGUGUCAACAAAUCUUACAACACCGCCUGGAACACCCAACGUAACAAAAGUGUCUUCGGUUUCUUCGUCUUCGCAGAGUGUUUCGAACAAGACCACCAGCAGUAAUACUUCCAAAACACCGUCCAAAUCGAACGAUGUGGAGACUCCUCUAAUACGGAAAGCCAUCUCUGCCAUUGACGAGGAACCCGAAGAGGCCGAGAGGGCGUCCGAGGAAGGAAGAGCAACAAGCAGUAGUUGAGAUAUCGUCGUCGCAGACUUCAUGGACAGCAGCUCAGAAUUAUCAUCCGUAGGGGAUUUUAUUCUAGAAUAAUUUAUUUCUGAGGGGAUCAUGGGUAUUAAUGAUGGUAAAGGUCCAUGGUGGGAAAAAGAAAAUUGAAGUUGAACUCUUUGUAUCCCUUAUCAGCAUGUCGAUGGUGUAAGUGGGAACCCUCACUAUCGAGGAAAUAUCGAGAAGCACAAAGAAAUAUUUAGAGCUUCAAACGAUUAAAUGUAUAAUUAAUAAGUUGCAAUAGAAGAUUUACUGUGGUUUUUCAUCGUACUCGCUAAAACUUGUUGUAUGUGGAAUUCCAAUUUAUUAUUGCCAAGUAGCGAAAAGUAAUAUCUAGUGCGUUGGUUCAUAGAGUCGGACUAAUCUGGACUCGGGACAAAGUUUACCUGUCACAGGACAUGACUCAUAAUUUUGUCGGAGGAAAGUUAGAAUACACUUUAGGCAGAAAACGAAACCACCAGUGGAAGCCGUUGGAUGAAUAUGUGGUUCGUUGCACAGCGGGCAAACAUCUCGUUCGCUUUUGACAAUAUUCCUCAAUGUUCUGUGUGAGAUUUUGCUAUUACUACGGCGAAGAGGAGCUGGACAGGGUGGUGGAGGAAUCAUUUUGUUGUUUACAGCGCUUGAUAAUAUUCCAUUUCUACCAUCAUCUGCAAUGUCAUUUGCUAGGUGAUUGGAUCGUUGUCCUCGCAGUUGUAUUUGUCGAAGUUGGUGCGAUUCUCGUUCUUGUUGUAGUUCUUGCCGUAUGGAUCGAAUACGCGCAAUCCAUGCCAAUACGAUGCUCGACGAUAGAAGUCCUGCCGCAGUCAAUCGUAUCCCGCUUGAUCCAACAAGAUUCGACAACUCUUUCCGUAUGGACUCUAUUCGGAUGUUCUUUAAAUCUGAAGGAUCAGUGACAUCACGAAUUUUCGUCUGCGAUUUGCUUUGGUGUUGCUGUUGCUGUUGGUCUUCCAUUGUCACUCUUCUCACAACUAAAUCUAGCCAGCUUGAAUAGGGGUCAAAAAAGAUAGUCUUUCCGAGUAAAUACCGCCAUCGAUACCAAAAAAAUGACAGCUUUGUUGAAGUGCGCAGUAAGGGCCACAAAAUGCUGAGAAUGAUUUGCAAUUUGCUGUUUCUUGAAGUAGUAUUUGUUAUUGCCCUGGAUGGUUGAUCCCCGGACGGCAACGAAAACAGCCGGGAAAAAAAAUGAAAAUAACUUUGAGAUCUUUCUUCGAGAUAUGGCCCGAUUGCCAUGAAAAAUGCGAGACGUAUGAUAUCAGAUUUUUCGAUCGGUUGUAAACUUCUUCUUUCACUCUGUUUAGAAGGACUUGGUUUGCCUAAUUUCUCCCGCCUUCCUCCAUACAACGAUUCCGAAAUGGUUGCUUUUGAAUAGAUCAAAGAGCUUCGUUCCAAAACAUACAACAAAAGGAAUCGUAUUUCUGGACCAAACGGACGGAGUACAUUUUGGAAGAAAGCUUUCGUUAUUCGAUGAGGCCACCGUCGAAACAACGUGUCGAAUAAUUUAUUUUUUCCCUCAGCGCCGCCAACGCCGGUAUUAUUGCUAUUUGAAUUUCGUAUUUCGAUUUCUUCUAAAACUCGGGAAAUCCGUUCUUCUACAACCAAGAACAAUGAUUUUAAAGUUUUCCAGCCAGACUUCCGCGCUUCUUCCAUCAUCAUCCGCUCCAGAAACGAAGGAAGCGUCGACGUUUGAUUUAUCGUCCAUUCUUCAGCAAGCAAUGCCCCGAUUGAAUCUGGACUCGCGGGAUUUGCUUGGGGAGAGGCAGGAAUUGAAAUCCCUUCUAAGGCUGUAUUAUUUGCCAUUGUAUUGUCAUCGUACGGGUGUUGUUAUCAGUUCAUGAUGUGACGAAUCAAUUCUUGGAGUGGAGACUGAGUCGGUUAGAAUAGACAACAUAAAUUGAU